AUGUCGGUGAUGUUUGGGAAAGGGAAGACGUGUAACUCUGCCACAGCUCCCGACAGGAGUCCAGCUGAGUGUAACCUGGUGCUCCUUGGUGUGGUGGGCUGCGGGAAAUCAGCACUGACUGUCAAAUUCCUCACAAAGCGCUUUAUCAGUGAAUACGACCCCCAUCUAGAGGAUAUCUAUUCAUCAGAAGAGAAGGUGGACCAGCAGCCAGUCACAGUGAGAGUGAUGGACACCUGUGACCAGGAGGGUCCAGAGAAUAGUGAGCGUUAUAUGUCGUGGGCCAGCGCCUUCCUGGUUGUCUACAGCAUCGACAACAUGGAGAGCUUCAAAGGCUGCCAGCUGUACCUGCAGACCCUCGCCCUGCACAACAAAACCUUCAGAGCACAAACUCCCAUCAUCCUACUGGGGAACAAGCUGGACAUGGACAGAUACAGGCAGGUGAGUAAGCGUGACGGUGAGCUGCUGGCGUCUCGUUUCGGCUGUUUGUUCUUCGAGGUGUCGGCCUGUCUGGACUUCCUCUCCGUGCAGCACGUCUUCUACGAGGCGGUGAGGAGGGCGAGGCGUGGGGGCCAGCGUGGCUGUCUGGUACCGGCCGUCUACGUCAGCGAGGACAAAGCGCUGCUCGGUGUCCCCUCCUUCACCACCCCCUGCUACAAGGAGCUGCCGGCCCCCGCCACUGCCAAGCUGGUCACCGUGAAGACAUCCAGAGCCCAGAGCAAACGGAGGGCCGCCACUCUCACCCUGCUAAAAGGCUUCAAGAUCUUCUGA